GAGAAAAUCCGUCUUAGAACUCAAUACGCUUGAGCUUCACUACCUUCCCUUUGUCCAGAGCAAGCUGAGAAGCACCUCCACAAAGUGUUACGGAAAAAGCGAUGACGGGAGAAGAAGCCGCGGGCCCUGCAGGCCCGAAGCUCCUCCGUCUGAUAUAUUUCGUUGGCGCUGGAUUCAUUUGCACGGCUGCAAUUAACAAGUGGCGGGAACUGGAGCGAAAAGCAAUGCUGCCGAAACAGCAGGGGAACCAAUUGCCUGAGAAUUCAGCAAACGCGGUGCAAAAGGCCGUCGAUUAGUCGAGGACGGGUAUCCAUGCAAUCUUAUUCGUUACACACGCAUCCUGACAUACACCUGUGCACACACAUACACUGAGGAGAAGCAAAACUCAAGCACCACCAUUCAAAAAUCAGCAUGGAUUCCAAAAGCAAAGUCAAGUUGAGUGACAAAUUUUUGGUUCGGCAAAUUUCAGUGACAAGUCUUAUGUGGUUUGGAGGGUCAAGUAAUUAGGAAUCUAGGGUUAGAAACGAGUUUUUAACUUGGUUUGGUUAGUUUUGUAGUUAGGGGCAGAUCUGUAAUUUUCUGAAACUCCUACAAUUUAAUUGUAUUUUGAUAAUUGAGUUGAGUCUUGAAUUUUCAAAGAGCUUCUUAGUA